CUGGAUCCCCCUCCUGCAGCUCCGUGUUCCACUGUGGACCUCAGAAGUGUCAGAUUGUCUAAAUAACUUCCACCACACCCAGACCCGGAGCUCAGCCGGUCCCGUCGGUUUAGUCGGUCUCGUGCUUCCAGAGGACUCGUCGCCCCUCCACCGCCGGUUACCCGCCUCCGCUCGCCCCCGUGCGCCCACCGCAGGCCCGCUGUCACAGCCCCGUCAUGGGCCCCAGACCUCCCUCCGCCCUCCGGCCACUGCUCGGUGUGCUGCUGCUCUGGCCUUAUGUUCUCACCAGGAGUGUCUCCUCUAAAGUGAACACAGACACUUCUCUACCUGCAGGACAGGGAGAACUACACCCCCAUGUGGCCAAGAGGUCAACACAGAACUGUGACAAAUCGUUUGACAACUACUGCCUGAACCACGGCCAGUGCAUGUUCCUGGUGGACGUCAAUGAGAACCACUGCAGGUGUGAGCUGGGUUUCCACGGCAACAGGUGUGAACAACCACAGCUGGUGUUCCAGCCAAUGGGAGAGGAGCAGCUGGCUGUCACCGUGGUGUGUGUCACACUGCUGAUCAUAGGCCUGGCCGGAACCCUCUACUUCUGCUGCAAAUGGUAUAAGAAAAGCAGAUUCCCUCGUCAACAGAAGAACCAGGGUUAUAAAGGAGUCCAGAGCAUUUAGAGUCACCCAGGCUUCAUCCACAGGAAGCAGCAGCAGAUCUGCACAAACACAUUUAACUGGACAGAAAACUGCUUUGUGUGAGGGCUGAUUGUUUGUAGUUGCAGCUGUUCUUAAGUUUCAGCGCCUGUUCCUUUGGUGUUUGAAUAGAAAGGACAAUAGUGGAGCAGAAUACGACGCCUACACACAACAGUGGCUUUAGUCCUGACAUACCUUCAACAUUUCUGAAUUGUUAGAGUUAUUUCAUUGAACUAGUUGUGCUACAUUCAGUACAGUUGUCUCUGUGUUUCUGAAUCAUUUCCUAAAGUCAGAUUAUCCACUUUCUAAUCCUCUGGUUUGUUGCUUUUCUCCAUUUCUCCCCUUUCUUUGGUAGUUUUUUUUUUUUUUUGUUGUUGUUUUCCGGUUUAGCUUUUAUUUAUUGUUGCAUUUCCUGCCUUUUGUACCUGCAGUAUGAUUAAAAAAAAAAAGUGUAAAUAGAACCAUAAUUAUCAUUGUCACCAUUGUGCAUGACAGUUCAGCCAGAAAUACUAUUAUUUUCUAAUUUAUUGUACACUGCAGUAUAACUAUA